AUGAUGAAGAUUUCUUUUACCUUGUACCACUUCAUUGUUCUGAGCUGGUAUAUUUUCCUCAAUUAUUUUAUCUUAUUACAAGAAGAGGAUACACAGAAAUCCUACGUCUUUCAGGAUGGCGGGAAAUGGAAGUAUUUGACCUUCUUGAACCUGUACUUGCAGGCCAUUUUCUAUGGGAUCGCCUUCCUGGAAGAUGUGCUGAAAGGAGUAAAAGGGAAAAAAGACAUAACGUUCGUAACUGCUUUAAGAAAUCAGCUUUUCGCCACACUGGUUUUCCCAAUAUCCACAUUUGUGUUUUUGACAUUCUGGAUCAUUUUUCUGUACGAUAGAGAACUUAUUUACCCAAAGGACUUAGAUAACGUAUUUCCAGUAUGGUUGAAUCAUUCAAUGCAUACUUUGAUAUUGCCCUUCUCAUUAGUUGAAAUCUUCCAGAGGCAACAUGCCUAUCCGUCGAAGAAAAUAGGACUCAGCUUGUUGUCUGUUGUUUGCCUUUCUUACAUGGGCAGGAUUACAUGGCUCUACACUAAAACAGGUACAUGGGUGUAUCCUAUGCUUUCCAAACUCAGCUCAGUGAGAAUUGCAGCCUUCUUCUUCCUCAGCUACAUCAUUAUCAUCGGCAUCUACGUAUUUGGAGAGAAGCUCAACUUCUGGAAAUGGGGUGAAGUGACACAGCCAAAGAAAAAGAGGAAGUGA